CAAUCGCUCACCUUUUCCAGCAGAUCAUCGAGAGGACAUAAUGAACACGGAUGUAGACUACUUCUCGGGUGUCGACGUGUUGGCGCUUUCAGCAAAAAUGUGCCAUGAUGAGCACAGGUCUGUCUCCUUACAGUACUCGAGAGAGACUCCUGGGGGGCUUCCGACAGAUCUCUUGGAUCAUCAUUCUAACACCCGGUCGAUAACAUCUGGAGCGCAUCAUCAAUAUGUUAUCGAGACGUCUUAUAGUAAUGCAAGUGGCACUGACUUUAGCUAUUUGGGUCAGGGAGUAGAUUAUGACUUAACAUAUGGAUGUUACUACGAAGUAGAGGACAGCGGAGUGCAUGCCCAGUACAUGAACUUUCCAUACACAGGAAAUAAAUCGUUUCCUCCACACCAGGCGAAGCCAUGUUUCGAAGAAGUGGGUCCAAUAAGCCGAAACGAGUUCAACAGUAAGUUGCCAAGAGGGCAGUUUUCAGUGGGUGAUCAAGGACUGUCGUCAUGCCAGAAGACUUGUCCAAAAACUAACUUAAUGCGAGAGGACACACAGGGAGUAGCGAGUACAUUCGAAUGGAUGAAAAUCAAAAGAAACAAUCCGAAAAUACGCAAACCGAUUGCGUACGGAUUAACAAACACAACUGCAACAGCUCGAACCAAUUUCUCCACGAAACAGUUAACGGAACUCGAAAAGGAAUUUCAUUUUAAUAAAUAUCUUACCAAGACAAGAAGGGUUGAGAUUGCGCACAACCUGCAUCUUAAUGAGACACAAGUAAAAAUAUGGUUUCAGAACAGAAGAAUGAAACAGAAGAAACGAGAGAAAGAAGGCCUUGCUGUCGUCUGUCUACCUCGCCUUUCGAAUAACCAGAAAUCGUCUUCCCCUGAAACAAAUUCUCACUUUUCCUCCCCGCCUUGUUCUCCCCACACUUGAUAAUGCGUUUACAGGUGGAUGAAGUGAACCUUAAACAAGGGGUGCUGUUUUGAAAGCUAUAGCAAACUUGAAUAAUUACCAAUACAUGACCUAUAUGUGUCCUAAAUGCGUUUAUGAAAUUGCACUAAUGUCUGAAUGUCUAAUUAUAAAGUAUACUUUUAAAUGGAUAUAUCGUAGACCUACCCUUGUUUUAAAUGUAUCCCUACAUGUCAAAUGCUUGAUUCAGUCGGCAAAUGGGCUACCAUUUAAAAACUAAUGACCAACGCGACUUUUUAAAUGCUUUUUAAUGCUAAACAUGCCUUGACCAUCCUUGUUUUUCCAUGGAAAAUCUAUUGUUUACAUUCUUUAUCUAGACGUUGUGGCAGGAAAAAUGCGAUUUGUAUUUGAAAAUGUUAUAUCUGAAAUAUGAUUUAUGCUCUAAAAAGACUGCUGCAUUUUUGUUGUGUGUUAAAACUAUAGGCCUACUUUUAAACCACCACUGUUGGUACUUCCAUAGCCCAAAUAACCAAAGAUUCUCUCAGUAAAUGUCUUAUGAUGAAAUUGACUUGCCUUCGUGUAUAAGGGGAGGUAACUCUCAGGAAAAUGUCUUCAGCAAUCUGAAGAAGACACUAAUACCUCGGGUUCAGACGUUUGUUUUGUUUAUAACAAUCAUUUGCAAUAUUAAGUGUACUAUUAUGUCUUUCACAAAAGCACUUAGUCCCAGCCAUAUAAAACACUAAACACACAUUCAAUGGUGUUACUUUUGUCCAACCAAAAACGUUUCCGUUUAAUGUGUACCCUAAUGUUGGCCACCCUCCUUGAGGUAGCCUGAAUAACCUGUAAAAAUCAGUUAUUUGCUACUUUGUUACUGUUAUUUGCUGAAUUGUUUCAACUGAUAUG